UGACGAGCGGGAACGAGCGAACAUGGCGGCGCCCAGAGCAGGAGGAUCCGCUCAGGACACAGAGAGCUUUUAAAUCGCCGCCGCCCUCUCCCCACACCCCCCCACCCACACAUACACAGCAAUGUCCGGGAAGGAGUUGUGGGCGCGAACAAGGGACAGGAUGAAGAGCUUCCCGCGGUGUGUGGCGGCCUGUGCUGAGGAUGCAGCACUGUACGGGAGAUGUGUGGCCGCCGCCGCCUCAAGAGGCCAGGAGCUCAAAAAGGACGCGUGUGCGGCAGAGUUCCAGGCCCUGAAGAACUGCUUCACACAAGCUAUGCCGCCUGACCUGCCGAGUGUUCCCCGCGACUUAUGUUUUUGAUUCGAUGUAUUGAGUCAGGUCUGCCACCAACCAACCAACCAUCCCAUUGUCUUGUACCGCAACAUUUUAUAAUCUGCGAUGACAGGAAAUAGGAUAACGCCAUUCGGACCAUUAGCAUUAUUCUCAAAUACUUCGUCAGCUUGAAAAUCAGUGCUAUGUUUUCCACAGGUAAAUCAGAAUUUAGUUCCGGUUUAAUGUAACAAAAAAUUAUUGCAAUUGUUGCAGUAAAUAGCCGUUGCUAUAUCUUUUCCCGUGAGCUUGUUGUGACUCUAUGGUAUCAUUUCAAAAUCAGUUUGUGUUUCAAAAUGAAUUGCAAACAUUGUAAUUACUAGCACUGGGCUUUUGUCGGUUUUAAAUCUGAUCAUUUUUCUCCUCACAGGCCAAGAGAGCACAGUAGAAAGUUCAUUCAUUUCUUAAAUGAAAUUUUGCAAAAUGUGUGCUGUGCAAGAAACUCUCCAAACAUCUUAUUAUUCCAUUGAAUUAGGACAGAUUCAAUGUACAGUGAUUGAUUUUAAAUGGUGUACAUAGCUUUUUAAUGGCUUGCAAUAAACUUUACCAAACUGUC